UAUUAUUUAGGUACUAGUACAUUAGCAGAAAAUCUAGAAGAAAAAUAUGAGUUACCAAAAACAGCAAUUUUUCUUGCAUCAGAAUCUGCUCUUCUUUUAAUAGUCGUUGUGGGCUUCGCUAUAUAUAAAAUAAGAGCAAGAACUAUGCAAAAAAGAAGAAAAAAGUAUUUUUGCAUCCAAGCUAUCCCAAAUUCCGAAAAUCCUCCAUACGAAGCUGCCCUAACCUAUUCAGGUGGUCUGUAUCUUGACCCAUAUUUUGAAACCCAUUCAGAGCAAGAUGAGGGUUAUGAAUUUUUGCCAGUACUAGCGGAAACAUAUGGGGAUGGACCUUACACAGAUCCAAACAAUGCAGAUGGAAGAUAUCUAGAUGUGGUGUUCAGUAAAAAUGGACCUAAUGACUACAUUAAUGCUCAUACUUACCUUGAUUUAGAAGGAGAUACAACAUACAGUCAUUCUAAAUCAAAUGAUACGGGUGUUUGCCAAUCAGAGGUGUCAAAUUCUGUAAAAGAUAACCCUGGUAACCAUACCAUAAAAAGUAAUAAUGAUCUUGAUGAUGAUUUAUGACUGUUACAUAUAGGUGAUGUAUUUUGUAUUUUGAAAUCAUUCUUUAAAAUUCCUCUUAUAUAUUGAUGUAUUGCUACAAAGGUAAGAGAAGUUGACUAUUGAAAAGUUGAGGUCAUCUUGUUUAUCAUAAAGCUUUUUUAUAAGUUUGCCAUUAAUGUAUUUCUAGAAAAAUAUUUAAAUACCGGGGGAAUGAUGCAAAUGUUUCAAACUCUAAUAUGUCAUUUAUUUGAAACUCACUAAGAUACAUCGAAUCGACAUAUGAGUUGAGGAAAAUAUUUUUUAUUGAUAUUGGGUCCUUGGUAUAUCUAAAUGUCGACUUAGAAGCCACAACAAAUGUUUUCUUCUUCUUAUAUAUAGGGUUUUGACAAAAAAAUGAUUUAUACGAUGACAAACUAGAUCUGUCGACAAUAAAGAGCAAUUGUGGCAGCAAAUGCACAAAGUCCAAGUUUUCAUAGAAAAUAAAAGACCCUUAAAAGUGC